GCAUGGAGCCAUCUGGUUGUGUAUGCGGCACCUACGGGCCAGCUCCUGAAGCACCUCCGCUUCCCCUCCCGGCAGCCGCCCCAGGGUGUUUCGGUGACGCUCCAGGCUGCCAGCGGGCUCGUGGCCCGCGUGAUCUAUGAGGACGUGGUGGGCCUGGAUGAACUUCAGGCUCUUGGGGACUCUCGUUUGGCUCCAAGCUUGAACUCGUCCGCCAUGCCCUGCACGCCAAACCGGGACUCUGGCAAAGGGAGCUCCUGGGGCUGUUCUUGA